AUGACGUUGGCAUCCGUCGCGUUGGCAUCCGUCGAGCAACAAGCUGCAGGCGGCUCCUCUGCGCCUUCCCCGGCCAACGAUGCGCGAUCGGGUCUGGCUAUGGAUGGCAACCCUGGCGCAUCUGCAAUUGACACGUCGCAAACAUCAUCAUCAUCACCUCCUCCUGCCUUUGCUCUCUCCAAUCUCGGCGGCUCCAACCAAUUCCUGAGCGCUGGAUUGGGUCUGAUGAUCUUCGGCUCCUUUCUGGCCGUUUCUCAACGUGGCAUCAAGAAGGGCGCAUCGCUAGCACAAAGAAGGCUUCUCAUCUCCCUCGAGAUCCCUUCAAAGGAUAAGAGUCACGCUUGGGUACUCGACUGGCUCGGCAGGCAGGCCAGCUUGCAGAAUGCUGCUGCUGCUGCUCGCAGACAAUCUACUGGCAGCGGCAAGGGCAAAGAGAAGCAGCAGGAAAGCCUGAGCGUGCUGCUUGGGCUGAACCAAAAGGCUCACGCCUCAGCCACAAAGGUCUGGUCGCACGAACUGUCUGUGGAGACUUCGCUGGGUGAUAUCAAGAAGCAAGCAGAACAAGCAACGGAGCUGAGCAAAUCAUCCGCGACUCCUCAGCAGCGCAGAGACAAGAUGGACUUUAAUCUCGUGCCUGGCCCCGGCAGCCAUUGGGUCAGGUACAAGGGUUGCUGGAUCAAGGUGAGAGUCGUGCUGUGGAGGAACAUCGCCAGACUGCACCCGCCACGUCUCCCUCUAAAUCCCGCUCGGGCCCUUCAUUGCCGCUCCCGCUCAGCUGCAUCGCGAACGUGCCACCAAGAUGAUCGAUCUGUCCACAGGCGCUCCCUGGGAGACGCUCACCCUCACCACUCUGCGGUCCACAUCUCACAUCUUGCCCUCGCUGCUCUCCGAAGCGAAGCAACUAGCACAGGAGUCGAUUGAAGGCAAGACGAUCAUCUACACCGCGUGGGGCACUGAAUGGAAGCCGUUCGGCAAGCCGAGGAGAGUCAGAGAUUUGAGCAGCGUGGUGCUCAAGGACGGUCAAGUAGAGAGGAUACAAGGUGACGUCAAGGCAUUUGUAAAUAAGGGAGAGUGGUACAGGCAGAGAGGUGCGUCAGGAUUGGCACCUUGGAGCACUCCUCUCCAAGCUCAAUCGUUCAAUGCGUUGCCCCUUAGGCAUACCGUACAGACGAGGAUACCUCUUGUACGGCGCUCCAGGCUCAGGAAAGUCGUCUUUCAUCACAGCGUUGGCCGGGUCCCUGGACUUGUCCAUCUGCUUGCUCAAUUUGUCUGAGCGAGGUUUGACAGACGGCAAACUGACCUAUCUCCUCAGCAACCUCCCCGACGCUUCCAUUUUGCUCCUGGAGGACAUAGACGCCGCAUUCCCAUCUCGCACUAGAUCGGGCGGGGAGGAUGUGGGAGAUGGCUUCGUGCCUGGCGUCACCUUCUCUGGACUACUCAAUGCCCUGGAUGGCGUGGCUUCGAGCGAGAGCCGUAUUGUGUUCAUGACAACUAACCACGCGGAACGCUUGGAUCCUGCCCUGGUCCGGCCUGGCAGAGUGGAUCUCAGCUUGGAGCUGGGCGAUGCGGACGAACAUCAAGUCAGGCUGAUGUUUCAAAAAUUCUAUGCAGAAAGUGUACAGGAAGCGAAUCGUAGUGCGCGCCUCACAGCCUUGCAGGACGAGUUGGCCACGGCGGUGAAACAGGAGACGAGCAAAAGGAGGCAGUUGUUCGGGCUGGACCCCACAGGACGCUUUGCUACUACCACUCACGGGGCUGGAAGGCCCGUGAGUACGCCAUCUACCAGCUCCAAUCUCAAUCCUACGCUAUUGCCUGCGUCCAAGGGUGGCAUAUCGAUGGCCGAGCUGCAAGGCCUCUUUAUUCGCUUCCCAAAUCAUCCUGAAGAAGCCGUCAAAUGCUUCAAGCACGAGAACGAGGCUCUUCGGGAGCAGCUCGCAGCCGUCAAUGCAGACGCAGAACGCAAUUGA